AUGUCUGCCAACAUUGAGCCACUCACCGACGCCCAGAAGGAGCACUUCAGAACAACAGGCUGGUUGAAGCUGAGCAAUUGCUUCACAAAGGAACAAGCAGAAUGGGUCACCAAGGAUGUCUGGACUCGACUGGGCAUGGACCCCAACGAUAAGUCAACCUGGAAGCAAGUAACGAAUAUGCCCCAUCACCGCACCUUUGACGCUUCCGAAUACGCGCCCAAGGCAUGGGCCGCCAUCUGCGAGCUGUGUGGCGGCGAGGACCGGGUGGCACCCGAGUCAAAGGAGUGGAGGGACUCUCUCAUCGAACUGGGCAUCUGGCACGUCGACGGCGACUUCUUCGUCCACUAUCUUGACUCCCCGGAGCAAGGUCUGCUCGUGAUCCCGCUUUUCACGGACAUUGUCCCCGGCGGCGGCGGGACCUUUAUUUGUCCCGAGGCGAUGGCCGGCGUUGCGCGGCAUCUGUACGCGCACACGGAGGGGGUUUCGCCGCGGAUGGUACCCAGAAACGAUCCCGAUUUCUCAAAGGAGAAGAACCUCGACUGGUUCAACGAGCUCGCGCGGAGCUGCGGUGAGUUUGUCGAGGCUCACGGGCAGGUGGGCGACGUGUAUCUCUUGCAUCCGUUGAUGCUCCACAGCGCCUCGAGGAACCCGCUGCGGCGGCUGCGUAUCAUCACGAACCCACCGGUCUUUUUGAACCAGCCUCACGUCUUUGACAGGGCGGAUGGCUCGUACAGUCUUGUGGAGCAGGCCACGCUGAGGUUAUUGGGCGCCGAGUCGCUGCCCGGAUGGAAGAUAACGGCGCCACGGGAGCAAGUCAUCCCAGAGAGGCUAAAGGUUCAGGAUCGGAUGAAGCAGGAAGAGAUUAAGCGUCUCGCAGCGAUCGCGUCUUAG